UUUUUUUUUUAUUUUUGUUAAACCAAAAAAGAAAAAGCAAGUGUGUGUGUGUUGUGGCCAUGACAGAUGACCAAGUGACAGAAGCUGUUGAGUUGGCUAUUGAGCUGGAAGAAAGAGGUCAAUACAAGGAAGCCUAUUUUGCUUUUACAGCAGCAAGUCAAAAAGCCAUGACAGCAUUAAACGAUAUUAAAUUUGUACAUUCUUCCAUUAUAUCCAGUCCAAAGCACUACCAUCAAUUGAUUUUAUCUAUAAAGACAUGUUUAUCACACAUUGAAGAUAUGAUUGAGCAUCAUUCACCCUCUGCAGUUCAACAACACGAUGCCAAGAUACCUCGGCCUCCAUUACCGCCAAAACCCUCUAGGAUACAAAAACCUCUUGUGCCACCUAAACCUGUUCAUGUCAAUUCCCGACCUUCAUCACCUACACUUAAAGAGAAUGAAUUGCUGGACAAUUCAUCCGAUAAUAUCAUUAGACCACGUGUUCCCGAGAAUAGUCGGCCAACUAGUUUGCCACCUCUCCAACACCCAGCCACAACGCUACACAAGAAUAGGCCACAUACUGAAUUUGUCACUCAUGGUGAAUUAUCCGUCAAUAUUGUUGCUGAAGGGGAAAUUGACCCGAAUUACCUUGUGCCUGCACAAACCAAUGCUGGGGAUAGUCUAGCACCUUCCUCAUCCGUCAUGAAUGUGGACCACGUCCCACUCAUUCCUGCCCCACCACUCCUGACCACACACCGAAACUUACAGGCUAAAGUAGACGAACUCGAGGACAAAAUACGCCACUGUAGAACGCGAAAACAAGCCAUUGCUCAGGGUCAGCCCCUUCAAGGGGAAACCAUGACAGAGGACGCUCUUGAUCAGACCAUUGCACAGUACCUUCGUGUCCUUGCUGAACUCAAGGUCACUUUGAAUGGAGUGCGUACCAUCUACAUGAGUGCUGCCACUAUCCCCAGCAUUCUUCAGUUUGGUGCCCAUGUGAUUGCCUACCAAAUUACGCUGAUUGAAUCCGCUAUCUUUAGUGCUAUUCCACCACUUGCAUUACUUGAACAUUCAUCCAAGCAUCCUCAUCCACGCAUUGUGGCCUCAACUGACUUCUUUAACUAUAUCACUCGGUGUAUCGAGCAUGCGGUAUUACUACCUCAGGAAGCAUCUUCGCGUGCUCAACUGAUUCAUUAUUGGAUCAAGGUAGCCUCUCGUUGCUUUGACAUCAAUAACUAUCAGACACUAAAAGCGAUUAUUUCGGCACUCAAUACUCCGCCUGUACAACGCUUGAAGCGAACAUGGGCUUAUAUUCCCAAAAAGAGCUCCACCAAAUUAGAGGCUCUAAACGAACUCAUGUCUGAAGCCAACAAUUAUGGCCAUUAUCGUGAACAUAUGGGUAUGGUCAAUACAGCAGUAGUGAAUGGUAAGAGUGUUCAGUCGAUUCGGGACGAACAUUUCUCUCGUCCCACAGUGCCCUUUUUGGGUACAUUUAUUCAUGACAUUACUUAUCUGUUGGCUGCAUUCAAGUCAAAUCCACAAGGCGGUCAACCCGAGAAUGAGCCUCGUAUUCGUGAAGUGUUACAGACAAUCCAUCGAUUCCAGACAGGACCACGUUAUACGCCUAAUUUACCGAGUUCGUUCUUGAAGUCCUCUCAAAAGCAUCAUUUUAGACCUGCAUUAAGUAAUGCAUUGCAUCGUGGUGCUUCUCGUAUUCAAAGGUUUAGCGGCAGUACAUUGUUUGGCUUUGAUUCUUCGGGUAACAGCACAUCAAAUAAUAGUAGCUCUACCAAUCUUAGCCAUCUAAAUGUGGAUUCAACAGUGGAUGAUGACGAUAACAAUCUAGAAGAACAACAAAAGAUGGCGACGCAGUAUAUUUUGAUGCGUUCUUGGGUGAGUCAGAAUACCGUGGAUGAACUCAGUCAUUUAAGAGAACCAUCAGCACCAAAGAACAAUACUAGUUUAUACAACACAAGAAGCAGUAGUAGUAAUGCAGCGAGUAUGCAUCGUACAAGUUCUGUCUUGAGUAAUACAAGUCGAUUUAGUACAGGCAGCACGUCGCUCAACACGGGCGAGAAUAAUAGCCGACCUACAAGUAUGGAUGAAGAGGAAGAAGAGAAGCGAAAGAAUGGAUUCUUUGCCCAAUUUAGAGGACGUCCAGUCACAAUUCAUGAAGGACUUGAAAGAAUGUCGCAUACUUCUGAUUCUUCAAGUCUAUCCAGAGAUGACUCAGAUCCAUACCAAAUGGACAGUAAACGAACAACAUGGAAUGGUGGUCCUCCUUCCAACCAAGCACCCGUUGUACCUCCUCGUCCUCUACCUAAACCUCCUUCAACGCCCUCACAAAAUGACGAAUUCAAAGCAGCUUUGGCUCAGAGAUUAGCGCAAGUGUCUGAGAGAUAGACUUUUAAUUAUAC